AUGUCCGUUAUCGAGCGCAAGGUCGUCCAGUCCGCAGACGGCACCGCGAUCUACGCCGAGGCCACGGGCGACAAGGGCAAGCCCGUGGCGGUGUUCAUCCACGGCUUCGCGAUGACGAGCAGCGCAUUUGACGGGAUCUUCGAGGACAAGGCGUGGACCAGCUGGGGGCACCUCAUCCGAUACGAUGUGCGCGGGAACGGCCGCAGCGGAAAGCCGACCGCAGACGCGGCGUGGGCGUCUGGGCGGUUGGCGGAGGACUUUGAUGCCGUGAUGGCGGCGUUUGGGGUCAGCGAUGCGCGGCCGUUUGUGGUGGGGUGGAGUCUGGGCGGGACGUACAUCACCGACAUCCUCGCUUCCCACCCGCCAUCCUAUCUCUCGGGCAUCGUCUACGCCGCCGCCCUGCCAUAUAUGGGCCCGACCCUCUCCCUCGUCGCCGCCCCGGCCGUGCUCUCGCUGCUCCCCGCGCUGACGCAGACAUCUGACGUCGACCUCUACCAGGCCGCCUCCCGCGAAUUCGUCGGGCUGUGCUAUGCCGCAUUCGACCUGGCCGCUGCGUGUGCCUCAGCGACCGACAGCGACGCGGACCACCGCACCGCGCUGGGCAUCCUCGGCGCGGCCCUCCUGCAGCCGCGCGCCGUGACGGUGCAGCUGCUGUCCCGCACGCAGGACCCCGGCCCGCUCCUCGCGGCCGGCCGGGCCGGGGCGCUCCCGCUGCUCGUGCUGAACGGCACGGAGGAUAAAGUAAUCCAGCGGCAGGCGGUGGUCGAUGCCGUGGACGGGUGGGACGCGAGGCAGCUGCGCGUCGUGGAUCUCGAGGGGGCGGAGCAUUUCCUGUGGCUCGGGACGGGGAAGGAGGCGUUUGGGAAGACGGUGCGUGGGUGGGUGGGCGAUGUCCUGGCCGCGGCGCAGCGGAUGUACCCAUGA